AGUUAAUUAUGAACACUCUUCCCUUUCGUAAUGUCUAAAUUGUUGAACUUCUUUUUGGCUUAGCAUUUGUUUAUGGUGUAGGUAACAAUGUUUCUUUGUCAUGAAACACGAACGCGUAGGAAUUAUACAAGUUACCAACUGCAUACUACUGAAUACUAGCUUUUCAGCAAUAAUUAUUUAUGUGCCUAACUAUUGAAAUAUAUUGACAUAUAUUUACUAAUUUAUCUUCAUAAUAAACAAUAUAGCAUAUCGCAGCUUCUACAAUAAAAAACUUACUUGAUCAACCAACUGAAUGAAUUGCUGCUGUUCAACGCAGAAAUGGAUCAUAUAAACGAAUUUCUCAACGCAAUAAUAAAAGGAAAGCAGUUAACAAAAGCUUUGCUUGAUAGAACUCUUAACGCUGUACUUUCUGUCGAUGCUAGCGAAGUACGCGAUAAGCAGACUAUUUCAAAUAUAUCAAAUGCUUUUUCAGUCAUUGGGGAAAGAGAGCAAUAUACGGAACCCAAAAUCAUUUCGUGUUUGAAAGUCCUUUUACAUCUGUGUUUUCUAGGGAAACAUCCAGAUUUAGGUGACCUCUUCAUAGAAACAUUUACCGGGUUAAAUCCCUCUCUCAAAGACUCUGUUAAGAAAUCUAUUGGCUCAUUAGCUUUGUCUUUAGGUUGUCAAUUCUUAAACGAAACAGACUUUCUAAAUGUGACAACUACCUUUGAGUUGUAUGAUGAAUCAGAAUAUCAAAUGAUUGUUUUUGAACGAGUUGUUCUUCAAGUAAUGUCUCUCUUCAUUGCAAAAUGUGAAGACAAUAAACUUUACUUAAUAAAUAACAGAAAAGAGCUGAAUUUACAGGCGAUUGGCGAGCGAUUAACCCACCGUGAUUUCGCAUGUAGGUUUCUGUGCGGACUAUUUAUAUCACGGUUUUCGGUCUCUGGUUCGGAUGAGGAAAGUAAUAGACAAAAUGCUAUUCGUUUAAGUCUUUUCUGCCCGAGCGAUUCUUCAAAACUUACUUUGACCAUGCAAAUGCUAAAGGCGGAUCAAAUCUUUCAAACCUGCGUCGCGAACUCUACCAAAGUUUAUAAUGGAACAUUCUCGGUAUGUUCAGAAACACCUGUACAUGCUACUAUGAUCAUUGAACCAAGAGAUGUUAUCAUUUAUAGAAAGGGGUUUACUUUGUUGCAACUAUCAUGGGGAUCUAUGAAAGACAUUACGAUGACAAGUGAUGGUCCUUACAGAUUUUGCUUUACUACUGAUAUACCACAUUUAAAAGACUGUAUCUUUGAAUGCCUGGAUGAUUCUUCCUUUGCUGAUUUAAGCUCAACAUUGCAAUUUGUCGGAGAUUCGUUAACACCAAAAUUGUUUGUUUCUCCAAAAGUAGCCAUAAAUCAAUCAAGUAACAGUGCUAAAAAUUCAAUGGAGGAAGUAUCUCAGCAUUCUGCGCGUGACGCAAUGGAAUUUGACAGUGCCUAUGAAAAGUUUGAAAACGAGAUUCUUGACAAAAGUUUGUGUGUAGAACCAACAAAUGAAACCACUACAGGGAACAAUGAUAAAUCGACCAUCAAGAUAGACGAGCCUGAAAAUGCUUUGAAUCAUGAGGAUGCUGCAAAUGAGGAAACCAAAGAAAUAUCUGAAACUGCUGAAGUUACAACAGAGGGUACAAAGCAAGUAGAUCCGGAAAAUGAUACUCUGGUUACCCCCCUAAGAAAGCGUACACGUGCUGGCAAAGCAUCUACAAAGAGUAGUCGUCCACCAAGAGUCAAGAAACCAAGGAAAACUGAGAAAGUUAAAGAAGCAGAUUCUAAUUUGGAAGGGUUGAAAGAGCAAGAGACUCCUUGUCCCAAAAAUAACAAGCAGAUCAAAGAACCAUUAAGGUCAGAAGAAGACAACUCCGAACACUCUCUUUUGGAUGACGGGGAAAAGCAAAAUUCAAAGGAUGAUGAACAACUAAGUACUGGAAUGCAGGAUUCGGUAAAACCAGAAAAAAAUACUGCAGAACCUGUGAAUAAUCCUAAAUCAUCAAUGCAAACAAUGGGAAAAGUUAAACAGGAGCCUUCAAAUCAAAAUAUGAAUAUUUUAGAUCAUUCACACCAAUCAGUUUUGAAUGACCAUAAAUCAAUAUGGAAACAGAUGCUGAAGGAUAAAUCGUGGAAGAAAGAGUUGCUUACACCCCCUCCUCAAAAUAGAAAGCGACAAAUUGAUUUAGCAACUUUUACGAAACAAGGUCACUCAACACUUGGGAAUACACCUUCCCUGCUUAAUGCUUGCUCAAGUCCUCCCAUUGAAGCUUCGUCCUUGGGACCAUUCGUGAAGCAUACUGAUGAUGGAUUAACCAGUAGUACUCUUAUAUCGGAUACGAAUGAUUAUAUGAACGAUGUAAACUUACAAUCUGUUAAACAGGAAGAAAAGACUUUAAAGCCUCCGUUUGAAUUUGAUAAGGUGCAAUCAAAAAGCUUUGGCCAAGUUGAUUUGCCAAAUGCACAUGGAAUUGAGCGUUGUGUUUCUUUAAUCGGAAAAAAUAUUUACUCAAUUUUAAUUAAACGUGAAGAAAAAUUAAAGGAUCAAUUAAAUGUUUUUCAUUUAAACUCGACUAAUUUGGUUGAAGGAUUUCAAGAGAGACAGAAGGCUAGGUAUACAUCUAUACAGAAAAUGCUUACUUCGGUGGAUACGAGUCUAUUGCAUCGAGUGAAAAAGCUAAUCUAUGAAUAAGUUUGUUAAACAAAGGUUUAGGAGUAUUAAAUGGAAUGAGUCUGAAACGAUUAUGCCAAUUUUAAACCACAAGAACAAUGACAAUUGGAACAGAAAAAUGUUGAAUAAAUUAUAAAAAAUAAUAUUACAGUAAAAUAAAAUAAAAAUAGAAAAAAUAAAAUACGUUUGAUUGUAAA